UGCGGAUACAAAAAGCCACCCGACGCACAGAUAGAGAAGACGGCAAGGGCAGCCUUGAACGUCCAGACAAACAGUUGGAAGCUCCUUGCAGCCAAACAGCCCGAUUCUAGCAUUCAGUACCAGGGACCCACCACAGCCAUGGAAGAUGCAUACAUCAGACACAUUGAGCUGCUGGGCUUUGAGAAAAGGUUUUUUCCAAGCCAACAUUAUGUUUACAUGUUCCUGGUGAAAUGGCAGGAUCUAACCGAAAAACUAGUCUAUCGAAAAUUUACCGAGAUAUACGAAUUUCACAAAUCCUUAAAGGAAAUGUUUCCCAUUGAAUCUGGGGACAUCAACACUGAGAACAGGAUCAUCCCUCACUUACCAGCACCCAAAUGGUUUGAUGGCCACAGGUCCACCCAGAACAGGCAAGGCACGCUGACUGAAUACUGCUACACCUUGGUGAAUCUGCCGCACAAGAUUUCCCGAUGCACACAUGUUCUGAACUUCUUCAAAGUCAGGCCUGACGACUUGAACCCGCCCACUGACAGCCACAUCAAGAAGCCGGAGACAUAUUUGGUGCCAAAGGACUCCAAGAAAAAUGCUGCAGACAUUACUGGCCCCAUCAUCCUGCAGACAUACCGAGCCAUUGCUGACUAUGAGAAGAACUCUGGCUCCGAGAUGGCUCUGAAAACCGGGGACCUGGUGGACGUGGUGGAGAAGAGCGAAAGCGGCUGGUGGUUCUGUCAGUUAAAGAAUAAACGUGGCUGGGUCCCAGCUGCUUAUCUGGAGCCUAUGGAUGGUCCUGAUGAAUCUGAAGACCAGGAUCCUAACUAUGCAGGGGAACUCUAUGUUGUCAGAAAAGGCUACUCUGGUGUUGAGGAUGAUGAGCUGACAUUGAAAGAAGGCGACACCAUAGAAGUUAUCCAUAAGCUCCUUGAUGGCUGGUGGGUUGUCAGGAAGGAAGAAAUCACCGGGUACUACCCCUCCAUGUAUCUGCAGAAAUCUGGGGAAGAGAAUAACCCUGUGAAGAAUGAUCUGAGAAACAGAGGCGCUCCUCCUCGAAGGUCGACCAUCCGAAAUGUCAAGAGCAUCCACAACCAAAGCCGGAAGCAGAUCAGCCAGGAGACGUAUAGACGGAACAGCGUGAAGUAUAUGAAGAGGAAAACCAAGGGCAAUCUCCAGAACAAGUCCAACGUGAUCAGAGAGAAAAAUGAAAUGGAAGAAACCAAAUCCAAGGCCCAGCCGGCCAUUCCACCACGACCCAGUAAGGACCUGAUCAUGAAUCGGUGUACAGAGAGCACAAAGAACAAGAUCAAAUGAUGCCACGGGAAGAAGAAGAAAAAAAAGCUGAUGCUUAUUCUCUGCCAGGACUCUAUAGCCAGACUGGACAGUCCUGGUGAAUUAUGGCACAUCAAAAAGUGCAGCUGCCCUCCUGGAGUUUCUCAGAGAUACCUUGAAUUAGAGUCCUCACCAUCCAUCUCUCGAUAAAUCUGAAUUGUUCUAAACUUGAGGACAGAAUUUGGCAAGAUAAUCUCAGUAAAUGAUCACUUUUUUUUUUAAGUUUACCAUGAAUCGCUACACAUAAUACGAUUGAUCAAGGCACUGAUCGGGUGAGAUGUUGAGUGAACUCCUCCACCAUUGACUUGUUUCACAGUAGAGGAAGGUGCUCAGCAUUUCAUUGCAUCGAGCUGUAAGAGAGAUUCUUAAUGGAGUCCUUUCCUGCCAUUUAUACUUUGCAAACCAUAUCAUCAAGGUGCACUGAUUAGCUUGCUUUGUAAUAUAGCCAUUUUGGGUGAUUCUUGUUGUAGGAGACUCACAUGUACUGUUAAUACAUAUAUCACUUUUUAUUCUGUACAGUGUUUUACUAGCUAAAUAUGUCUGUGGUUUGAAAAGUUACUAUAUGUGGGUAAUACUUUCAUGUUGGCUAAAUGAAGGAUUAUAAACAAGUCAGAAAAAUGAGCUACUGAAUUGCAGUCUCUCUCCUUCCGCCAAGAUGUACUGCAUCCUCAACAAAAGAUGUGUUGCCUAUUGCAAGAGCUGUUAAAGAAAGCUGCUGAAGAAAUCCUGACAAACAGUUCCCAGCACAUAG